UCUCUUCCCCACUCUCUUCUUCAAACCAAACACUCAACAGAGCUCUCUCUUCUCAUCAGCAAAUGGCUAUCCUCCCUGCAAUCUCAACCCUCCUCUUCCUCGCCCUCUUCGUCACCCUCUCCUCUUCAUCGCCCGACAUCUCGAUCCUCACGUCUUCGAGCCCGCGCACCCACCAGGAGCUCGAGUCCCUCUACGAGUCGUGGCUCGUCCGCCAUGGGAAGGUCUACAACGGCAUCGGGGAGAAGGAGGCCAGGUUCCAGAUCUUCAAGGACAACCUCAGGUUCAUCGACGAGCAGAACUCGAUGAAGCGUACCUACCGGCUGGGGCUGAACAAGUUUGCGGACCUCACCAACGAGGAGUACCGGGCCAAGUUCCUCGGGACGACGCCUGAUGCCAAGAGGAGGGUCAUGAAGGCCAAGGCCGCCAGCGACCGCUACGCCUUCAGGGCUGGCGACAGGCUGCCCGGGUCUGUGGACUGGCGGACGACGGGCGCUGUUAACCCCGUGAAAGAUCAGGGGUAUUGCGGAAGCUGCUGGGCUUUCUCGACCAUCGCCGCAGUCGAGGGCAUCAAUCAGAUUGUCACCGGCGAGCUGAUCUCCCUCUCGGAGCAGGAGCUUGUGGAUUGCGACCGAUCAUAUGAUGCCGGUUGCAAUGGAGGUCUUAUGGACUACGCCUUCCAGUUCAUCAUCGACAAUGGCGGGAUUGACACGGAGGAGGACUACCCUUACAAGGGUGUUGAUGGGGAAUGCAACGCUUCGGGGGUGAAUGCUAAGGUCGUGACCAUUGACGGGUACGAGGAUGUUCCUCCUUUUGAUGAGAGGGCACUGAAGAAGGCCGUCGCCCAUCAGCCCGUGAGUGUUGCAAUUGAAGCCGGUGGCAGGGAAUUCCAACUCUACGAGUCGGGUGUUUUCUCCGGAGAGUGUGGAACUGCACUGGACCACGGGGUGAUCGCAGUCGGGUAUGGAACAGAGCACGGGAAGGACUACUGGCUCGUGAGGAACUCAUGGGGCACGGGCUGGGGCGAGAACGGGUACAUCAAGAUGGAGAGGAACGUGGUCGAGAAUUUCUUCGGGAAGUGUGGGAUUGCGAUGGAGGCAUCGUACCCCAUUAAGACCAGCCCCAACCCGAAGAAAUCCAGCGAAGGUUACUACAGCAGCGCUUGAGAGGAUUGAGAAGAGGGGGGAGAUUGAAAUGGUUGGAGAAGUUAAAAGGUGCAAAAGGUGAUUCUCAUUUGUUAAUGGGAAAAAGGCCCACAUGGGUUUCAUUGUAAUUUCCAAUUGAAUUUGCUCCUCUCGUUGAUUACGCUUUUUCCUUUUUAUUUAGUUAGUCCAUAAUUAUUGUAAAUAGCUGUCAUAUGGGAAGAAAAUUCCACCUCAAGAACUGAUAUUUGAUUUGCCAAUGAAUUUGAAUUUAGUUGCCUUUCUAUCA